CACCACCAGCGUCAGCCCGUAGACAUUGUCCCUACAUGCUGGGAGCUGUCCUGAGUAAAGGAUAUGAUGCAGAUGGUUAUUUGGAAGCAAAUGCUUCUCAUUUUUUAACAAGUCCUCUGUUGUUUCAUUGGCUGUUUGAAUCGUUUCCGCAGUUGGCAGCAGGAUAUAUAAGCUCGGCACAAACCAGCUGUGGAUCACACUGCUCGGUCUCGAUCAGACAUCACACCAACAGAAGACGAGAUGUUUCCAAUAAGACAGACCAACCUGGAGAGAGUCGUCCUCUCAGCGGUGGCAGUGCUGCUCCUCCUGACCACAGCAGGACAAAGUGCGAUUCUGACCGACGACCUCCAGACAACAGCAGCUUCUCUUCUUUCAAAUACGACCACGCAGCUCAACGCCAGUGUCGUGGAGUAUCCACGGGUUCUGCGAUCAUUCAGAUCAUGUGACAGCAAAGAUGAAAAAUACUGUGGGAACGGCGGCGAGUGCAUAUACCCCCAAGACAGUAACGAACCCUCUUGCAUCUGCAAGUCCUCAUAUAGCGGCGCUCGCUGCCUCUUCUUCAGCGAAAUCGUUUAUACUCUGCCUGAGUUAGAGCGGCUGAUCGGCAUCAGCUUUGGGGUCGUCAUGCUCCUCUUGAUCAUGGCCAUCAUGAUUUACUGCUUUAUCAACAGGAGGUGUAUGAAAUCUGCACCACUGAUAAAAUCUGCACCCUCUGAAACAUCAGUGUGACUGUUGACACUCCCUGUUCCUCCUCCUCCUCCUCAUCUUCAUCACUGCUACCACCAUCGUCAACGCUGACACACAAAGCACUCGAGAUUCUCUAAAAGCUUUUUGUGUUUUAUUUGACAAACAUAAAGAAAACCACUAUUUAUUUUCACACAAUCGUUCAAACCAGCAGAUGCAUUGACAUGAAGAGGUCCAGAUGACGUCAAACAAUGUCGGUGACGUCAGACAUGGUUCGGCCUUUUUCGUUUUACAAACAGGGUCAGAUAUCAAUCAUUUUUUUGUCCUUUAAAAACAGAGGAGAAAUUAUGUUAAUUUAUUGUAAUAUAGAAUUUAACUUAUUGAACGUAGUGUUUAUUUAAAUGGUUGUCAUAGAUUUACGGAAAUUAAUAUUUAUAUGUUGCUUGAGUGACUUUAGUUAAAAAGGUGAAUCAACACAAACGCACAUUAUCAGAAACUUAUCGAUGAAGUUUCUUCAUUCAUCAUUGUUCUCAAACCAGGAGCCUUGCAACAGGAAAUCACUUGUAAAAUUGAAUAUUAAUGUCUCUAAUGUAACACAGGUUGCAUGUCAGUGAACAUGAACUGAAUAAAUAAACAUGGGA